CAGGAGAGCAUCUAUUAAACACAGCGGAUGCAUCAACACUGCUUGCUGGAUGGACUGCCCCUGGCGUUUUUGUGAAAGCGAGAAAUCAAUUUGGUACACCAAGGAGUCAGGAGACUGCCCAACUCAGCUGGUAACGUCCGGCGAUGACCGAUGUAUUAUGUUAUGGGACCUGAGGGAUUCCAUGGGCAGCGGCUUAGUAAUUCCGUGGAAGAGUCACACCCCAUUUGGCUAUCGCGAGGACAAGGCAACACCAGAAAGAAGACUACCUUCACUUUCCAAACAUAAGAAAAAUCUCUCAGCGCCGUUGUCUGGAAGGGUGAUACCUCUCGUAUCCUUCCGAACGGGUCACCGUGGCAACGUAUUUCAUGUGACGCCAGUAAAAUUUCAACCCGGCAAGGUGCUGACCUGCGGUGCUGAUGGAUACCUCCGUAUAUCAGACCUGACUGCUGAGUUGUCCUCAGUCGUUGUUCACCCCCAUGGAGAAGAGGAUCUGGCAUCCAUAUUGGGCUUCGGAUCGGCUAUGGCUUACUCGCAUCAAAUGGUCACGGAAAAUAUGGGCCUCAUCUGUAGCGAGCGAGGUCUGCACCGUUUUGAUCUUCGUCUAUCGCCUCGAGAGCAACAGAAUCAGUCGCUGCUACGUUCGCUGGAAAACGGCACGACGGGCUCCCGCGAUGACUCGUGUAAAGCUUGUGCACUUUGGACUCCUGGAGGAAGAUCAGGCGAAUCCAAUUAUGUUUUCACUGGCGGUUCAUCUGAAUUUGUCAGUCUUUACGACCUUCGAAUGGAAGGAGGCAACAAAUCUCGUAUACUUCAACGCUACAAGCCAAAAAAUCUGGAAACAAACGGUAGGGUUUCUGUAAGCGGUCUGGAUAUAUCGAAAAACGGGAAAGAAUUGCUUGUAUCUUACGAAAGUGAUCAAAUAUAUACCUUUCCAAUCUUCCAUAAUGCCAUCUCCCAAGCGGGACCAUCCAUAGAUGAGCUAGAUUUAUAUCACAAGAAUUUUUCUUCGGACCCGGCAGAAGCGAUAUCCGAAAGCGCGAGUUAUGGUGGACAUCUUAAUCGCUUCACGUUUUUGAAGAAUGCCAAGUAUGCGGGGCCAAGCGACGAGUAUAUUUGCACCGGGUCGGACUCAGGCCACGCGUGGGUAUACGAGCGAGCGACCGGGUCUGUGGUUUCUUUUUUGAAAGCCGACGCCUCCACCUGUAAUGGUGUUCUUCCACACCCUUCACUGCCAUUUUUGGUAACUUACGGGAUCGAUUCCACUGCAAAACUCUGGCGUGCAACUCUUCCGGUUGACGACAAAAUGGACGACUCACCGGUAGGUCGGAAAAAGAAAUACAAGAGCACCGUUUACAGGCCUAGUCCUGUAACGAGCAAAUGGAAUGGUGUCCAAGCACUUUUGAAUCGCUUUAGUGAUGGAGACCCACAAAUUCUGCUUCCGGACUUCAUUCCAAGCACAAAUGAUAUGAAAACCAUUUUUCGUUUACCCCUCAUGGGGAACGCUGCGAGCCGUCCGGUCAUUGAAAAUGCCUUGUCAGAGCUGCCAACGACUUUGAGACAAAAUCAUUACGAGUGCUAUGGCGCACUUCGAGAAGGACUGGAAACGCCGGUAAAUCAUCCCUUGAUUGACGUGGCUGUCAGUAUUAUUCUGAUCCGUUUACGUCACCAAGCCGAUCGACUAGGUUUGCCUUGGAACCUGUCCCAACCUUGGGUUUUUGAACAACGCGAGGGUAUCGAUGCAGCCAAUUUAGUCCCUGAUAACCCCAGCGACUGGAUUUACUUUGAUCCGAACAUGAUGUUGGACUCCUUUGACCCACGGAGUCAUUUUAAUAUUGAAGAGUUUCCUCUCCUUCUGGCUCAACGAGAGUGUUUUCGUAAAUUGGGCGGAGAAGAGGUGCCCUGUCUCGUACCCUGGCUGGAUCCAUCGAAGCAAAAAACCGAACAAAAUGAAGAUCCAGCCUGGAGUAUUCCAGACGAGAAGGUCCCUCGCUCGGCGUUUUGUUUGCGCAGUCGAAAGUUAUUGUUGGAGACGAUCAAACUGCUCAAGAUAGCGGGCAAUGGUGCCAUGCAAGAAGGAAAAUGGGACGCGGCGGCCAGAUGGUACGACAAGGCUAUUCAAUACUGCGCCGUUGCUAUGAUGAAGUACCCUAGCUUGGAAAACUACUUGACGGAUUUAUCGGGGCACGUAUCCUUGGUUACAGGAGCGGACAAACGAUCCCGGCAAGUCAUCGCCGUUUGGUCGCCGCUUACACAUCUCCUUGUAACAAUCCGUCUCAAUAUGGCUCUCUUGUUGACAAAACAGCAUUCGUCGUCUCAUCCUUGUCCGCUAAUGAAGGGACAAUCGUUGUUAAGCCUAUCAAUUGAAAGUGCCAAGGCUGCUUUGGAAAUACUUUUACCGUUUGCCCAGACACCCAACGAGGUCCGGGUGUCGAGUUGCGAUGCAGACCGAUUCGAUUACGUUUUGCGAACCGACGAGGCUCCGGAAACGUAUACAACAGCCAAGUACUUGUUGUCCAAAGCGUACUUUCGAUUGGGUACAGCCCAGUUGGGAAAAGGCAAGUACUCCGAUGCGGUGGAGGCACUCGAAAGGUGCGUCACCAAUAGUACCAGCACAUUAACUCCAGCAACGAUGGAGAAAGGGGGUACGGUGGACGCACUUGUACUGCGACGAUUGCGAGAGGCCAAGCGCAAGUGCCGAAAUAGAAGGAAGCGCUGUCGGGCUCGCUUCGAGCGACUGUCUGCGCAAGCAGUGUCGGGAGAUGACGGUGAUCCGCCUCCGGUAGCACGAUAAAGAUACAUACGUACAAUUAAAAUGUAACCUUGAGCCCUGCGGACAUGUGAACAUUUUUGACGAAACGAAUGCUUCCCCUAAAAAGUGUGAGUCCAAAAAUGUUCAGAUU